CGCUGCGUUUUAGAAGUGCAGUGUAUUCGUGCUUCUGUCUUUGAUUUUGCAGUUAGGGAUUAACCGUACUGUGAAUCUUCCAAAUUCAUGUUUUCGAUCGAAAUCCACUAACUUUCUAUCUCCGAUUCCCCCCGUUUCUUGCACCUUUCAAUCGGUUCCGGGAGAAGAACAACAAGUUUUUGGAGUGUUCCUUUUUUAGAACCAUGGAUACUCAGAGUGGAGAAGAUGAAUAUGAUAUAGAUUUUAUUGUUUCCACAAUGCUGACGAGGCUGGAGCUGAAUCUUGCAUGUUUCUCAGAGAAAGUUACAAACUUGGGCAUCUUUGUGAUGAACUUGGAGACCCUUGAGUGUGAAUUGGAGACAAUGAUUUUGGAAAAAAAUGGCAUUGAUGGAAUGGUAAUGGACAUGGAAUGUGCUGAGAAGGGGCUUGAGUUUGAUCUGUUGUGUGGAGUGUUGGAUUCUGAGGUGAGCGAAUUGGGUGUGUUCUUGGGGACCCUUCAUGCUGAGAUUGCUGAAGCUGAGCAGUUUGUGUCUUCUACCAACAGCAUUUGGAGGAACCGGUUGGAAGUUUCUGAAGAAGGGUUCAAGCAAUCUGAGGAGCAGCUCUCUGAGAUUAAGAAGCAAUCUACUGAUUUUCAGAGGACUUUGUCUUCUUAUAAGAGAGAAGAAAGUGGUAAUGCUGAAGAGGGUGUGAAAAUCCCAGAGGAUGAUCACUCUUCGGAUGUCAAAACAGGAAUGAAUAUGCAAACAAUUGAGCAACAAAGACAUAUUCUGAGGAUGUUGGAGAAAUCUUUAGCAAAUGAAAUGGAUCUUGAGAAGAAUAUCAAUAAGUCAAGACAAAUUGAAGAAACUCUAAAGCUUAGGAUAGCUUCUUUAGAGCAAGAGCUAAUUCAUGCGGAGGAAGAAGCUGCUGAUGUUUGUGAAAGAUGGUUUGAGGCAGACAAUGCACGUGAGAUCUUGAUGGGAAUUUCAGUAGACCUGUUAGGCAAGCUCCAGAUUUCUCAGUUCAAUUUGAAUGGUUUAAAUCAGAGAGAAUCUGAGCUCAGAGCUAGGCUUGAAAGCGGCAAUUCAGAUAAGGUGUCUUCACUUGAAAAGCAGCUAAAAGAAUAUGAAUCUCAACUCCUGAAUACAAAGGCCUCUGCUGAUGAAUAUCAGAAACAGUAUACUGCGAUGUGUUCCGAAAUAAGAGACAUGGAAAACCUUGUUUUUGAGCUGAAAGAAAAGAAUGUAGAACAACUUGAGAAGCAAUUAAAGGAAUAUGAUUUACGACUCCAGCAAGCAGUCGCAUCUGUUGAAGCUAGUCAGGAGAAGCAAAGUAUGUUAUGUUCCACAAUUAAAGAUAUGGAGCUUGUGAUAGAGGAUCUGAAGUCAAAGGUUUCUAAAGCUGAGAUACGGGCUGACAGUGCAGAGGACAAGUGUAUCAUAAUAUCCGAAACUAACGCAGAGUUGAAUGAGGAGCUAAGCUUCUUGCGAAAUAGAUUGGAAUGCUUGGAGGGAUCAUUGCACCUGGUGGAGGAAGCCAAAGUGGCAACUGCAAAGGACAUCAGAAAUCGGACAAUGAUUUUCCAGAAUUUGAUAACACAGAUUGCUCUUGAAAGAGAACGUCUUAAUAAGCAGCUUUCUUCCUUAGCAAGUGAGAACAAAAUUUUGGCAGUAAAGCUAAAGCAGGCGGCAAAUGGUAUUUUUCCAGAAUCUAAUGCUUCGUCGGCGAAUGACUAUGAGGCGGACAGGUGUUGGAUGAAUUUUUCUGCAAAUGAUAAUCAAACCAAGGUUGGGGAUUCUCUGCCGGAUGCCGGGUCAGUGAGGAGAAUAGAUGCCGGAGUUCUUGGUUUUAAGUUCUUGUUCAAAUCGUUUCUUGUUGUACUGGUUUCAGCUGUAGCUUUCCAGUUUUUCAAGGAUGUGAAUGUUGAUUUCGGUCUAUAAAUGAGUUAUCACUUAUCAGAGGGGAAUUGGGGAGGUGCCAUUGGUAAUGGUAUUGUAAAUUGUGAUGCAAAUCAUUAUGUAGUAAUCAAAUUUUGUUUUUUGGUCUUGAAUCAAAAUUUUACUCCCACCGAGAGUAUAUGGAUCCUUUCUCUUGA